AUGCCUACCGGCAUCAGCAAGCGCCAGCAGGCGCGGAAUGAAAAGACCUUGACGGAGCUGAUCCGGACCGUUCCUGGCAAUGACCGAUGUGCCGAUUGCGAUGCCUUGACCCCAGGAUGGGCAAGCUGGAAUAUGGGCAUCUUCCUUUGCAUGCGUUGCGCCGCACUCCACCGCAAGCUGGGCACACAUAUUUCGAAGGUUAAAUCUUUAACCAUGGACACCUGGACAUCAGAGCAAGUUGAUAACAUGAAAUCACACGGCAACAUCCUUAUGAACAAAAUGAACAACCCGCGAGGUAUCAGGCCGCCAAUUCCCACAGACAUUGACGAGGCCGAUGCAUGCAUGGAACGGUUUAUCCGGCAGAAAUAUCAGCACCGCUCGCUGGAAAACGGGAAGCCAAAGCCCCCGAGCAGGGAGGAUUCGAGUUACUCCAACCAUAGGGCUGUCUCCCCCGUGGAGUCAAGAAAGAAUGACUAUAACAUGUCUCCGGAGGGUUCCCCUCCCCCACUUCCGCCCAAAGCUGGAAAGUUUUUCAAGUUUGGUCUACGGUCGUCAUCCUCUACCUCGAACCUCCGUCGAUUUGGUGGCAAGCCCAAAGUGACCUCGCCAACCUCGGACAGUGGAGCCUGGUCACCACCACCAUUGCCAUCUAGGAGGACUACAGGGCUUGGUGCGCCUGUCGCCGAUGUGGCAAUGGCGUCUUUUGAGUCUAAAAUGGCGGCAUUGCAGGAUAUGGGAUUCACCAAUGACCAACGAAAUGAGAUGGUGCUCAAGGGACUCCAUGAGGAUCUGGAUCGAGCGGUCGAAACACUGGUCAGGUUGGGCGAGGGGCCCAACCCUCCAUCAAGGUCCAGGACUCCGGUCGGGACCAGCACUGCUGCAUCUGCACGCAUAGUUAUCUCGAAGCCCGAGCCGUCCAAAAACCCAUUCCCGGUCACCACCGACAACACAUUCCCUGAGGUUUCUAAUAACCCAUUUGACCGGGCAGUCUCAAACCCCGUGACACAGUCGCAAACCCAGCAACCACAGACCGCUUCGUACAACCCAUUCGAUCAGCUAAACCCGAAGCCGGCAUCUACACAGCCUCUGGAAUCAUCUUUCCAGAAUCUGCAGGUUUCCCAGCCCUUGUUCCCUCACUCUACUGGUGGAUACCCGAACCAGACGAGUUCCAUGCAGAACUCUGUAUAUCAACAGUCUUAUACCCCGCCGAUCACGUCGACAUUCUCGCAGUCUCCCUAUGUUACAUCGCCUCAGCCAAUGGACAACAGCUACAAUCCAUUCAACCAGGCACCGCCGCAGCAGCAGGGUGGCAUGACCAGUCAGACGUAUCCCAAUCCCAAUUCGCCAACAAAUCCCUUCUUCAACAAUACGCCGCAAAAUCAACUCAUGCAGCCGCAACAGCCGCAAACGAGCCCGUUAGUAAAUAACUCAGGAGGCUCCGGGUUCCUCCGCGCAAAUACCAUGCCGGUCAUGUCUUCCGCCUCGUCAUUUGGACCAACUGCUUCUCUCCAACAGCAACAGCAGCAACAGCAGCAGCAGCAGCAGCAGCAGCCAACAAAUGGCCUAGGAGCAUACAACCCGUUCCAGCAAGGACUGACGCCAAACGCAGCACAGAACGCAGGCGGCUUAACCAGCCAAUUCCAGUCUCACCUGCAACCCCAUCAGGCGCAGCAGCUCAUGCCUCAGCCCACUGGAAUGGACAAAAACAGCAUUCUUUCAUUGUACAAUAUGGGGCCUUCGCAGUCUAAUAUGACAUCCAUUCCCGAACAACCCCAGCAAUCUCAACAACAACAGCAACCUCAGCAAUCCCAGCCACAACCCCAGAACCCCACUAUGAAUCCCUACUCUCAAACUCCAAACCCAUACACCUCCAUUCCUCAGACCCAGAAAGUCACAAACCCCCAGUAUCAGAAUCAGAGCCAGUCCCAGCCCCAGCAAAAUUUCCAGCCCCAGCAACCUACCACCAACGCCCAGCCUGCCGCGGGAACAUCUAACAAUCCAUUCUUCGGCACCGCCCCAGCAGGCAGCGGAUCCGGCCUUGCUGCACAAGCAGGUAUCAACCCAUAUCAGCAGCAAUCCGCAGGGCUAGGAAUUGGCGGUAUGAACGGCCAACUCGGGGUCGGAACCGCCCCCGGAACUACUCCGGCCACGGGAACGAACAACUCCCCAUUCUCGGGAAUGAGCAGUCCGCCAUUUGCCGGAUCGAACAGCUCCCCAUUUGCUGGAGGCCAGUCCCCUUUUUCAGGUCCGCCGCCCACGAACUCGGCAUUCCAGCGGACGCACAUGAGCCAGCCAAGCGUUGAUGUGAGCGGGCUGCAGAAGGGUCGCCAUAGCCCUGAUGCCUUUGCUAGUCUGAGUGCUCGCUAUGGUUAA